AUGAAUCCAACCGGUUUAUCGUUACUGCGAGCCGUCUGUAUAGCGGGGCUUCUAUCACUUCUUCAUUGCGCAUAUUCUGCUGCACAGCAGCCGUUCACACGAUUACCGUUGGAUAUUAUACUGCAGACGGUUGUGAGCUUAAUUGCGCUUGUUUACAGUGCUACUUAUAUUGCUGGCGAAUUUCAGCCAAUACGCUCAGAUAUACAGGUUUACUUCGGAAAUUGUAUUAAAAAAUUGUAA